UGUAAGUAGUAUGUUUAGGACUAUAAGGUCUUCAUGCAGAAAGAGAACAGCUGGGAGAAUGUCUGGAGCGACCACGGGAGCUGCGGCCUCAAAAAAGAGGAGGAGGACCAGGACAAGGUCCUGAGUCUGGCCUUCAUGUUGGCCGACAGCGCUAUGAGUGUAGACGGAGCCGUGGCGGACUCCUGCCGGACUCAGGAGAGCGAAGGGUCCGGGUACCGGCCUCAGGACUACCCGUCCAUCCUGGACCUGGACGGCCCCCGUCCUGCGCCUGACAGCAGUCUGACAUCCGGCGUGAACGUCCUCAACUUAGGUCGGUGCUCCCGGCCCACAGGUGAGAUGCCCCCCCCCGCAAGUGAGAUGUCCCCCCCCGCAGGUGAGAUGCCCCCCCCCCCGCAGGUGAGAUGCCCCACCCCUGCAUGUUCGCGGGCUGCGAGAAGACGUACACCAAGAGCUCGCACCUCAAGGCGCACCUGCGCACGCACACAGGUAAGAAGCCCGUGUGAGAUGCCCCACCGCUGCACGUGGGAGGGAUGCGGGUGGAGGUUUAGAUCCUCCGACCAGCUGACGCGUCACUCCCGGAAGCACACUAUGCACCUGCCCUACCCGUGUCACCUGUGCAAGCUCAAAUUCUUCAGGUCAAAACACCUGGCCAUGCACCUGGAGGGACACAGUCAGCUGGGAUUAUUUCAGCGCGGUGGCGAGGAGGAGAGCUGCUGGAGGAACAUGAAGGAUCAGAUCAGAAGCACAAUGGAGAGGCUGCGAGUGCAUAAAACAACUGGUGAACAAAUCAAACAUCUAUUGCACAAUGGAGACCUGUACGGAGGAGCAGCACAGCUGAGGUCAAAGCACUCGCUGCUGCCUCCAGUGGACUACAAGAGUCCUACAAGAGGCCGUGUUUCUGCACGUGUGCAGUACAGAGCCCAGAAGCAGUGA